UGAAGUAAGAUGUCUUGAAACAGCAGCAACUUCACGGACACAAACAUCUCCUGUAAAUGCGGAAAACAACAAUGAUGAACAGAAAAGGCUUGAAAGGAGUUUGGCUGCUCACCUGUCUGUUUCUCACAGGUGUUUGGUGUAAAAACGAUGCAGCGUUUGUGUACAGCAGAAUUGGAGGUGACAUCCUCCUGCCAUGUUCCAACCUGAAGGCCUCAAACUGCUCCCUCAUCUCCUGGAGCUUCUACGGGGGAGUCCAGGUGCGUUUUACCUACGAGGUCAGAGAGGGGCAGAUGAGAGCAGACACAGACAAAGCCAAUCGCCUGUCUGUCACAUCAAACUGCUCUCUCCUCCUCCAUGACCUCAUGUUGGAUGACAUUGGCACCUACAGAUGCCUCUGGCAGGAAGAGCCCGUCUACGAUGUUUACCUCUCUCUCCUCACCAUCACUGCUUUUUCAAAAAUCACUGACCUUCAUCCUGGAGGAAACCUCAUCCUCAGCUGCCACAUCUCUACAUUCUUUGAUUUAGGAAGCUGUAGGUCAUACUCCAAUGAGUUCAGACUCAGCUGGGUGAUGGAGAAUGGUACUGAGCUGCCCAGAGAGAGCAGGUAUGAACUGAUUGCCCCCACACGUUGCAACAUCACUCUGGUCACAAAACUCCAGAGGGAGGACAACAACAGGAAGUGGAGAUGUCAGGUGAACCCCACAAACCACAGCAGGGCGGCAUUUCAGGACUUCACAUCUGCAUUUUUGUUCGAAAAUCCUUCCACAGGCGAGGAUCCGAUUCCCUCACCUGUCAGUGACUGUGAGGUCCAGCUGCCCAUCAGCAGCGUCGUGCUCUGCGUGGCUCUGCCAAUAAUGGUGAUCAUCGUGGGAUUCUUCACAUGGAGAAAAGACAGUGUAAGAGGCAAAGCAUUGGCAGAUGCAGGAAUUUAGCUGACCAGUCAUCACUGUAUUUGUUCAUUCACUUUUGUAUUUUUGCCUCAACUGUGUUGUUUUUGUUUUUUCUUAUACAUACUGUAAUUUGAACGUUGAGUCUGGCAAAUGUUAUUAAAAUCAUACCUAUUCGAAAAUCAAGGGAUGCAAUGUGAAUAUAAACUCAUUGUUAGUUUCAGAUUGUUCAGUGAACAAUGCUUAAAAUCCUGGUGAAUUGUGUUGUGCUACGGGGAACUGUGUAAUUAUUAGUUUGGCAUCGAUCAGUGGAGUGCAACAGAAAAUUUAUAAAUUUAAUUCGAUAAUUAUCAACAUCAUUUUUCAGUCUUUGUUUUUUUUGCAAAACCAUUUUCAAAUCUCAUGAUCUCAUCGUUUUAAUAAAAUAUGAAAACAGUCAUUACUUGCCUUAAUCACAACAAUUGAAAUAGGGAGUUACAAAAUCCUAAA